GCUGUCGCCAGGUGCCGUCUCCUUACGCCGCUCCGCCGGGUGGCCGGCUGAGGCUGCGGCCCCGCGCUCUGCGGCUCCGGCUCCUUCCGCGGCGAGCCGUGUGCCGCAGCCAUGUCCCGAAAGCAAGCGGCGAAGAGCCGGCCGGGCAGCGGCGGCCGCAGAGCCGAGGCGGAGCGCAAGCGGGACGAGCGGGCAGCGCGCCGGGCGCUGGCCAAGGAGCGGCGGAACCGGCCGGAGCCUGGCAGCAGCGGCUGCGAAGAAGAGUUUGUGAGCUUCGCCAACCAACUGCAGGCCCUGGGGCUGAAGCUGCGGGAGGUGCCGGGGGACGGCAAUUGCCUGUUCAGAGCGCUGGGCGACCAGUUGGAGGGCCAUUCUCGGAACCACCUUAAGCACCGACAGGAGACCGUGGACUACAUGAUAAGGCAGCGUGAAGAUUUUGAGCCCUUCGUGGAAGAUGACAUUCCCUUUGAGAAGCAUGUGGCCAGUUUGGCAAAGCCUGGUACUUUUGCUGGCAAUGAUGCAAUUGUAGCCUUUGCAAGAAACCAUCAGUUGAAUGUGGUGAUCCAUCAACUUAAUGCCCCUUUGUGGCAGAUUCGAGGCACAGACAAAAGCAGCGCGAGGGAGCUCCACAUCGCCUACCGGUACGGGGAACACUAUGACAGCGUCCGGAGGAUCAAUGACAACUCAGAAGCUCCAGCUCAUCUCCUAACUGACUUCCAGAUGCUUCAUCAAGAUAGAACAAAUAAAAAAGAGAAAAUGAAGACACAAGGGGUGGACUUUAAAGACAGUCUGAGAGAUGACAUGGAAGAUGCUGUCCAGAAAGUUGGCAAUGCAACUGGAUGCACGGAUUCUAACUUAAUAGUCCAGAAGCUGGAAGCUGAGAGUCACACUAUCGAGCCUGCAGUAACCGCCCUGCUUCAGAUGAACCAGGGGACAAGCAAGGAUGUGGAGAAGAGCCUUGAGCCUGGUGACAGAGUGAAGCAGCGUGGCCUUUCGUGUGAGGAGGCAGGCGGCGGCUCCAGACUCUCUGGAAAUCAGGGCAGAAACGAAGGCAGAGUGGAGACCAGUGAGGCUCGGGCCAGCCCUGGUGAAGAGAGCAGAGCGCAUAGGAAGAGCCAGUGCCCGAAGGUCACAAACAAGCAGCGGAGGGAACAACAGCGGCUGGAGAAGAAGAAGCGUCAGGAGGAGAGGCACCGCCUCAAAGCCCUGGAGAACAGAAAUGGCAGCAGAGACCAGGGCAGAAGUGGAGCAGACGUGAACACGCAGGUCACCUUGGUGAAGACCUUCGCUGCUCUCAACAUCUGACUCUCGCACCCAAGAGCUGAACGAUGCACGUUGCAGACAAGGCUUCCCAGCCACGUGUCCCCUGAGGAGGAGACAACUGUCAGCACCCACACACGAGCCCAGAGGAGCCAGUGUCCUUCAAGCUGCCUCUUUCUCUCCUGUGUUCUGUUGUGUGAGAGUGUGGUGACACCAUUCACCUUCUGGAACUCAAACAAAAUACUAAGUCAUAGGUGGGUCACGGGGCCAGGAGGCUUUGCUUGCCCUGUCAAUCAGAGUGUGGUGGCUCUAGGCUCUUCCCUUGAUGCCUGAGAGGGGGUUCCUUGUAAUAAUUCUUGAAGUCGUUAGCACAAUCAUUAGACAUCUUCGUGACAA